GAAGCCACCCAACACAGAUUUCAGCUUAAUAUCUGAGAAAAUAAAAUAUAGUAAAAAUCUCCCGAAUUAAACGCAAAAGCCAGUGUAGAAAACGUCGAGUCCCAAGCAAAACCAAAUUCUUCUUCUGCUUCGAUCUUGUUACGAACGAAGCAUAACAGUCUCUCUCUCUCUCUCUCAACAGAUCUAUAACACCGGAGAUUCGAGCUGUGUUUCUCUGUCUCUCUCUGUCUCUAAUUCCAAUUUGGCGUCGUAAUCAUGGUUUCGACGCACAAGCUCAAAUCUGUUGAUUUUUACAGGAAAAUUCCGAGAGAUUUGACAGAGGCAUCAUUAUCAGGUGCUGGACUAUCCAUAGUAGCCGCGUUUUCCAUGAUAUUUUUAUUUGGAAUGGAACUGAAUAAUUAUUUGACAGUGAGCACAUCUACAUCUGUAAUUGUUGACAAGAGUUCUGAUGGGGAAUUUUUGCGCAUUGAUUUUAAUGUUAGCUUUCCUGCACUCUCGUGUGAAUUUGCAUCUGUUGAUGUUAGUGAUGUCCUGGGAACAAACAGGUUGAAUAUAACAAAAACAAUCCGCAAAUAUCCUAUAGAUUCAAAUUUAAAACCUACUGGCUCUGAGUUUCACUCAGGGCCAAUUUCAGGAGAGAUUAAGCACGAUGAUGAAGGCGAUGAAGAGUACGCUGAAGGUUCCUUUAUAUUAAGCGAACGUAAUUUUGAUAGAAUUUCACAUAAGUACCCAAUUUUGGUUGUCAAUUUCUAUGCUCCUUGGUGCUAUUGGAGUAAUCGCCUGAAACCUUCAUGGGAGAAAGCAGCCAAAAUUAUAAGAGAAAGAUAUGACCCAGAAGUGGAUGGCCGCAUUCUUUUGGGGAAGGUUGAUUGCACCGAAGAAGUUGAUUUGUGCAGAAGGAAUCAUAUACAAGGGUAUCCAUCUAUUCGCAUUUUCCGUAAAGGAAGUGAUGUUAGGGAUGAACAUGGGCACCAUGAACAUGAAUCAUAUUAUGGAGAUCGAGAUACAGAUAGCCUGGUCAAUACAAUGGAAAAUUUGGUUGCACCUAUUCCAUUGGAGUCUCAUCAGUUAGCUUUGGAGAGUAAUGGCACUGUGGCAGACAAAAGACCUGCACCAGUAGUAGGAGGAUGCAGAAUUGAAGGUUUUGUCCGUGUUAAGAAGGUUCCUGGCAACCUUGUAAUCUCAGCUCGUUCAGGAUCUCACUCCUUUGAUUCUUCUAAGAUGAACAUGUCACACAUCAUUUCUCAUCUUUCCUUUGGGAAAAAGAUAUCUGCAGCAGCGAUGAGUGAUAUGAAACGAAUGCUACCUUAUCUUGGUGUAAGCCAUGACAAGUUGGAUGGCCAGGAGUAUAUCAUCCACCCUGGUGAUUCAAAUGCCGAUGUUACUAUAGAACAUUAUCUUCAAGUUGUAAAGACGGAGGUGAUAACAAGAUCCUCUCGCGAACAAAAUUUAGUGGAGUACGAGUACACAGCCCACAGUAGUCUCGUACACAGUGUACAUAUCCCUGUUGCGAAAUUCCAUUUCGAACUGUCUCCAAUGCAGGUAUUAAUAACAGAAAAAUCAAAGUCCUUUUCGCACUUCAUCACAAACAUCUGUGCCAUUAUUGGUGGUGUUUUCACGGUUGCGGGGAUAGUGGAUUCAAUUCUACACAACACUUUGAGACUAAUGAAAAAAAUUGAACUAGGAAAGAAUUUUUGAUAGAAAUAUGAAAUUAGUCAGUGUAUAAAAAAACAUUAAGAAGUGAAAGACUUGUAACGUAUUGCUUUUUAAGAGAUGAAACUGUUAGAUUCAAUUGCUGAUAAUUGAAAUUUUGUUACUUUUGAAGGAUCCAAUCUCCAUUGUUUUCAA